AGAGGAGAGAGACUGAGGGAGGGAGGCAGGAGGAAGGAGGAGGAGGAGGACGCUGCAGUGGUGGGUGGCGUAGCUCCCGAUCCGGGAAGCCGACCCGGUCUGGGGGAUUUGCUCCUGGCGCGCGCUCGAUCGAGAGGGAGGCCAGGGUUGGGUUGGGGGGAGCGUGAAGAAGCGCGCGCGCGGCUAUGGGGAAGGGGACGGUAGUGGGGACGGCGGUGGUGGUGUGCGCUGCAGCGGCCGCGGCGGUUGGGGUGGCGGUGGUGGUGUCGCGGAGGAGGAGGAGCAAGCGGGAGGCGGAGGAGGAGCGGCGGAGGAGGGCCGCCGCUGUGAUCGAGGAGGUGGAGCAGAGGUUCUCGACGCCCACGGCGCUGCUGCGCGGCAUCGCGGACGCCAUGGUGGAGGAGAUGGAGCGCGGCCUCCGCGCCGACCCUCACGCCCCGCUCAAGAUGCUCAUCAGCUACGUCGACAACCUCCCCACCGGGGAUGAGCACGGACUGUUCUAUGCUCUCGAUCUUGGGGGCACCAAUUUCCGUGUUAUACGUGUUCAGCUUGGAGGAAGGGAAAAGCGUGUUGUUAGUCAACAGUACGAAGAGGUUGCCAUUCCACCUCACCUGAUGGUUGGGACUUCUAUGGAACUGUUUGACUUCAUUGCGGCUGAGUUGGAAAGUUUUGUCAAGACCGAGGGAGAGGAUUUCCACUUGCCAGAGGGCAGGCAGAGAGAGUUAGGCUUCACCUUUUCUUUCCCAGUGCACCAAACAUCAAUAUCAUCAGGCACUCUUAUUAAGUGGACAAAGGGAUUUUCCAUCAAUGGCACGGUGGGGGAAGAUGUUGUGGCUGAAUUGAGCAGGGCUAUGGAAAGGCAAGGGCUUGAUAUGAAAGUUACAGCUCUUGUUAAUGACACUGUAGGCACAUUGGCUGGCGGAAGAUAUGUUGAUAAUGACGUUGCUGCUGCUGUAAUAUUAGGCACUGGCACAAACGCAGCCUACGUGGAGCAUGCAAAUGCAAUUCCAAAAUGGACUGGAUUACUACCUAGAUCAGGAAAUAUGGUGAUUAACAUGGAAUGGGGAAACUUCAAGUCAGAAAGGCUUCCUCGUUCAGAUUACGAUAAUGCCUUGGACUUUGAAAGUUUAAACCCAGGCGAGCAGAUAUAUGAAAAGAUGAUUUCCGGCAUGUAUCUUGGAGAGAUUGUGCGCAGAAUCUUGCUUAAGCUUGCUCAUGAUGCUUCCUUGUUUGGAGAUGUUGUUCCAACAAAGCUGGAGCAGCGCUUUAUACUGAGGACGCCGGACAUGUCAGCGAUGCAUCAUGAUACCUCACAUGAUCUGAAACACCUGGGAGCUAAGCUGAAGGAUAUCCUGGGGGUCGCUGAUACUUCCCUGGAAGCACGAUACAUCACCCUUCAUGUCUGCGACCUCGUUGCAGAGAGAGGUGCACGCUUAGCUGCUGCUGGUAUAUAUGGCAUUCUAAAGAAGCUGGGCAGGGACAGAGUGCCAAGUGACGGUAGUCAAAAGCAGAGGACUGUCAUUGCUCUGGAUGGUGGUCUCUAUGAGCAUUACAAGAAGUUCAGAACCUGCCUAGAAGCAACGCUUGCAGACCUGCUUGGAGAGGAGGCUGCCUCAUCAGUUGUUGUCAAGUUGGCAAACGAUGGCUCUGGCAUCGGAGCUGCACUUCUUGCAGCAUCUCACUCCCAGUAUGCUAGCGUCGAGUAGUAACAGGAGCUCAUGGGACUGAGCUCCCAGUGUAGCUUGUUUUCCUCCCAUUUUCCCCGUUUCUUUCCAAUGGGAGUUCGUUUCCCUCCUGCGAUUCGCAUCUCCUUUUGCUAUUCUGCAGUCACAUAAACGAGUGCCUGUGCAGCGGGAUGUAGCUAGUAUGGCGCCAAAGAGUUUGCAGUUAUCACAUGAACAAGCAUUUGCAACUGCAGGGAAGUGAAAACGGGGGCUUGAAUGAUGCCGUUCUUUUCCUGCAAAUUAUUUUCCCCCUUUCCCUGUAAGUUUGUAUUGUGAUGCGAUGUCGCAAACCAAUCACAGCGGUUUCGCGUGUAGCCUUUUGUCAUUCAGAUUUCAGAAUAAAGAGGGGGACAUAAUUUCACUUUUCGUA